AUGACCUCCAUCGUGCCAGGAAAGUAUGGCGAUAUUGGUUCGCUUGAUGUAGUCGAAAUCGCGUUUCAAUUCGCUAAACUUCCUAUAAUCCUGGUUUCCUCGUUGAUUUUUUCACCGUUCGUGUGGUACAACAAACACAAGACAUGGCGUCGUGUGCUCGGGGACCAAGCGUUCCGCUGGGCCGCUGGGUUGAAAGUCCCACAGCUCCAGAGUCUGAUGGGGACAACGUUAACGACUUACAGAAGCACAGUCGCUAAACUGAACAUACCAGCGGUUGAAGAAGACAUCGGCAGUGACGCGCGCCUUCUAUGGCUUGGUCCAAAGCGAACGGAUCAUGUCCUGCUAUAUUUGCACGGUGGAGCAUUCCUUGGCCCAGCCACAGACGCGUCGUUCUAUUUCUGGAGGCAUGUUCAAGAGCAGCUGAAGGCGCGCUCCAACAUUGACCUUGGUGUGGCUAUUUUAACGUACACGCUGAUCCCAGAAGCUGCAUUCCCAACUCCGUUACGGCAAUCUGUUGCAGCCAUCAACUACCUCACUUCUCAAGGUGUCAAACCUGAGAAUAUCCAUCUUGCAGGAGACUCUGCCGGUGGUAAUCUCAUCUUCCAGGUCCUUCUGCACGCCCUCCGCCCAAUCGAAUCUGUGGUGCCUCUGAAGCUUUCUAAGCCUUUGCGUGGAGCGUACACCAUUUCUCCAUGGGUGUCCCUCACCGCUGACAGCGAGUCCACCCUCAAGCACGCCAACUCCGACAUCAUCUCCCCAAAGAACCUACGUGAAUGGGGUGGUUAUGUACUCGCUGACGUGCCCGUGGACAAGCGUGGAUACGUUGAGGCACUGAAAGCGCCAGACGAUUGGUUCAAGAACAUGGACGGAGUCGUCGACAGAAUCCUGAUUACUGCAGGUAGUCAGGAGUGCUUGAGGGACGACAUCCUGGCGUUCAACGAGAAGCUGAAGAAGACAUACAAAGGGAAAUUGGACUUCGUUCUUCAACGUGGAGGCGUGCAUGAUGAUAUGUUUUUGGACUUCUUGGUCAAUGAAACCAAGCUAGGGGAACUCACUCCCAUGAUCAUCGAAUGGCUCGCGGCUGGUUAUGAAUAG